AUGCAGUUCUAUUCGGCAGUUCUUGUUGUGAUCGGUAUUGUUGGGGUGUUUGCAAUAGAAAGUGGUGUACAUCAACUGCCAAUUCAGUUGAUCGGUGAUCUUGAGCAGGAUCUACGACCGUUAGUGGUUGAUUCAAACCAGCUGUCUACGGAUGGAUAUGACGUCUACCCUGGACAAUUCCCGUACCAUGCUCGGUUGUUUACUGAGCGCGAAGGUUUAGGUGGUACUGUCCUGACUGACGGGUCCCUCAUCACACCGAAUUACAUCCUUACGAGAGCAGCGGGCAGAAAUUUAACUACUUAUGGAUAUGCAAUUUUGGGUAUCGGCGAUGGAAGCAGCAAAGAAACUCAGCAGAAAAUCAACUUCUCCCGAAAUGCUACGCAGCUACAUCCCAUCCACGACAUCGCUACAGUUCGUCUAGAUCAUCCUGUUACCUUCACCAAGUAUGUGCAGCCAAUUCGUUUGCCCAGACUAUCCGACUCCCGCACGUAUGAGAUGAUGGAAGGCACCAACGUUGGAAUGAGUUACCAACGCCCUGCCCGAGAAGGACCACUGAUAUAUUUGCGUAAUCAGAUAAUGUCGAACGAUGGUUGUAAUAAGCAACAUCCUUAUCGAUCCAUACUUUCUAAUGAAAUUUGCACGAAUGCAUACGUAGGAGGAGCAUUAUGUGGUGAAGUGUACGGUUCUGGGUUAAUCGUUGAGGAUGAGAAUGGGUCAACAUUGGUUGGAGUUAUGUCUGCAAUUUAUGGAUGUGACCUGAACUAUCCUAUGAUUUUUUAUCGUUUAUCUGAGUAUCGUGAAUGGAUCAGUACGAACUCGGACUAUGUGUUUGAUUUUUAA